AUGGCCGUCGAUUUGGCACAAAUCGAGACAAUUAUCGUGGACUCGGCGGCUCUCCUUCAGUCUUUCAUAAGUGAGGUAAUGACUCUUCGAACUGAUACUCCAUCACUUUUCGUCGACCUGGAAGGCUGUAAGCUUGGUCGUGAUGGUUCAAUAUCCAUCAUAUCUAUCUACGCACCUCCAAAGAAACUAAUAUAUCUCAUUGAUAUAUAUCGACUGGGAGCUGAAGCAUUUUCUACCGUCAACAGUGAUGGUAACUCUCUUAAAUCCAUUCUAGAAUCACCAAUUAUCUGGAAAGUUUUAUUCGAUGUUCGACAUGACUCCGAUGCAUUAUUUAGCCAUUACGGUAUCUGCCUUGAUGGAAUUCGAGAUAUCCAGUUGAUGGAACUAGGAACAAGAGUGGGCUCGAAGGAAUUUGUCGCCGGCUUAGCCGCAUGUGUGGAGAAAGACAGCACGAUUUCUGCAACAGAAAGAAAGGCAUGGGAGACAACAAAACGCAAUACUCAACGUCUCUACAAUCCCGCACUCGGAGGAAGAUACGAGGUAUUCAAUGACCGUCCUAUUCGACCCGAAAUUGUGAGAUAUUGCGUCGGAGACGUUGUUUUCUUGCCAAACCUCUUCCAUGUCUACAACACUAAGCUAUGCCGACCUGGAAAGAAAUUCUGGGAGAUUCAGGUUCUAGAAGCAACCAAGGAGCGGAUCCAGUUUUCGCAAAGUCCAAAUUUUGAUGGAACAUCUCGAACCAAUGCCCGCGGGCCUUGGAAUAGGGAGGCUAUUGAAGAAGCGAUUGACCAAUGGAAUGACGACAUCAUGGAUAAUGCAAUGAAUGAAGGGGAUGAUUUCGAUUUUGACUUCGAUGAUGACUUCGAUGAUGACUUUGAUGAUUACUUUUAUGACGACGGUCCGACCAGCGGCAGAGACAUUAUCAAUGACUGUGACUACGGAUACUACUACUCUGAUUAG